GUUGCCUCUGGUUCUCCAAUCAAAGAACAAUAGGUGCAAUUUGAUUGUGCAAUCAUAAUCGAGAACGAAGGUGUGGUUUGGAUAGAUGGUAAAAUAAACCAAUCAAUACAUCUGUGACGGAGCAGGAACAACCCUCCUGGUAAAAGGAAGUAAAAAUGAGUUACAACUACGGAAAGGGCUAUCCAGGGGUGGGACACCCAGUACCCAGUGCCCCCUACAGUGGAGGCAGCGGUUCAUAUCAAUCGGGACCCUCCGCUCCAUACAGUGGCGCAGCAGUUCCACCAGGUGGCUAUUAUGGUCAAGGGCAAGGAGGGCACUACGGACCUGGACCAGGGGGUGCGGGUUACGGGGGGCAACCUCAUGGAGCACCUUAUAACCAUCCUGCUCCUUCAGGGAACAUCCCACCUGGUGUCAACCCAGAGGCUUACCAGUGGUUUAAGAGUGUCGACACGGACCACAGUGGGUAUAUCAACCUGAAGGAGCUCAAGCAGGCUCUUCUCAACUCCAAUUGGUCAAAUUUUAAUGACGAAACUUGCCUCAUGAUGAUCAACAUGUUUGACAGGACAAAGUCAAGUCGUAUGGACCUUUACGGUUUCUCAGCGUUGUGGGACUUCAUGCAGAAAUGGAGGGCACUCUUUCAGCAAUAUGACAGGGAUCGUUCAGGGUCUAUCAGUGGCACAGAGCUACACCAAGCCCUUGCACAGAUGGGCUACAACUUGAGUCCCCAGUUCGCCGAGUCAUUGGUGCGUCGCUUCAGCGUGCGUGCUGCACGUCCCGGCAUGCAGUUGGAUCGCUUCAUCCAAGUGUGCACCCAACUGCAGAGCAUGACUCAGUUCUUCAGAGAGAAAGACACAACAAUGACAGGCAACAUCCGCCUUAACUAUGAGGACUUCCUCUCAGGGGCCAUUACAAGACUCAUGUGAGCGUAGUUCCACCUGUAUGGAUCGCCAGAUAUUGGUUUGCAUUUGGCAUAGCUGCCAGUACAUUCUGUGACAUGUUGCUAUAGAGACAUGAAACAUAACCUCAUAUUGUCUGGGUUGUGCGAAGUUGUAACAUUGAAAGAAAGAAAAAAAAAAAAAAAGUAUUUAAUGGCUAGCAAGAAAUGAUAGUCAUCAAUGUAGGUGACAUUCUGUUUACUAUUGCUGGUAUACAGUGGGAAGAACAAGCAUUUGACACUGGGUUUGCCAAUGUGUUUUCCCAUUGGCAGUGUAUCAAAUACUUGUUCUCCCCAUUGUAUGUAUAUAUAUAUAUAUAUAUAUAUAUAUAUAUAUAUAUAUAUAUA